AGGAAGAGCUGGGAAGGUGGGGGCAGAUCACAUCAAUACCUUGGCGUUGGGCUGGGUCUGUGUGGAGCCCCAGAAAUGUUCCCCAGCCCAUUCUUCCCAAGAACCAAUGAGUAAAAUCAGGGGCCUCCCACCUGAGGUCAGGGAACCAGGCCCUGGAGUGGAACUUGGGGUGGAAAAUGGCCUUCUUUGUCAACUGAUUCAUUCUCCAGAAUUCAACUUGUUCUCCAACUCGGUGGUGUUUGAAAGCAACUUUAUCCAGUUGAAGAAGGUUUUCCAGAAGGGUCUUAAGCCAUUCUUUGAGAGACUGCUGAGAUUCUGGUCACUAAGCCCGGGAACUGGAGAAAUGUCUGUGAAGGGUCUGCCACCGUGAUCCUUGGGGUGACCUCCUCCGUGCCCUCCUUGCCGCUCCCCAAUGUCCUCCUGAUGGCCAAUGUUACCUGGCCCCGGGGUCCGUUUUCCACCUGGAGCACACCUGGUGAUGCCCCAGUCAUCACCCUCAGCAGGCUUCUCCCCCUGAAGUACGUGGAGCUGCGAAUCUACGACCGGCUCCAGCGCAUCCUGAGGGUUAGGACAGUGACCGAAAAGAUCUACUAUCUGAAGCUCCACGAAAAACACCCAGAGACUGUGUUUCAAUUCUGGGUCCGCUUGGUGAAAAUUCUGCAGAAAGGCCUGUCCAUCACCACCAAAGACCCGAGAAUCGAAUUCACUCACUGCUUGGUGCCCAAGAUGCCCACCAGCUCGACAGAAACAACACCUGAAAACAGCCUCCUGUCAUCCCCCCAGCCUAGCAAGUCCCUUGUGCUGCUGGCGGCUGAGCAGACCAGUGGCAGUUUCUCACAGCUCUCAGGAAAGCCCCAGCCCACAGCAGACAGGAACAAUGACACUGCCAUUGAAAUAGACAACUGCAGCAGCUACAAGAUACCCUCACCAGUGGCAUCUCCAAUCAAUUUGAAUAUACCCAUGAGAGCUGUCUUGAGCCACAGCCUCUGGGAACAAGAGGAUCCGGAUGAGCACUUUCUACAAGUUCCUGUAGCCAGUUCCCUAGGAGAGCACUUCUUGGGACCCUGACACCUAGGCAAAACAUGCUCUUCCUGGCAUGCGUGUACUUGUGCUUGCUACCACCUCUUAUAAUGCUCCCUUUCCCACUGUGAGCCAAGUGACCAUGGGAGAGGUAAGAUGGUGUUUCCAACACGGUGCUUCUGUGCUUCCACCAAUAAACUUCCAAGUGAGUCCCUAAUUGUUACAGGUUGUGCUAUAGGGAGGCUCCAGUUUGGGAAAGGACUGACUGAGAACAGGAGCAGUUUUUGGAAAAAUAGGUGGGAGAAGUUACUAUCUAUGUAUUAGUCCAUUCUUGCAUUGUUACAGAGAACUACCUGAGACUGGAUAAUUUUAUUUAUUUAUUUAUUUAUUUAUUUAUUUAUUUAUUUAUUUAUUUAUUUAUUUUGGAGAUAGAGUCUUGCUCUGUCGCCAGGCUGGAAUACAGUGGUGUGAUCAUGGCUCACUGCAACCUCCACCUCCUGGGUUCAAGCAAUUCUCAUGCCUCAGCCUCCCAAGUAGCUGGGACUACAGGCACCCAAUAUACCUGGCUAAUUUUUUGUGUUUUAGUAGAGAUGGGGUUUCACCACGCUGCCCAGGCUGAUCUCCAACUCCUGAGCUCAGGCCAUCCACUCACCUUGGCCCCUCAAAGGGCUAGGAUUACAGGCGUGAGCCACCAGGCCCAGCCUCGAGACUGGGUAAUUUAUAAAGAAAAGAGGCUAAUUGGCUCAUGGUUCCUCAGGCCGUACAGGAAGCAUGGCUGGGGAGGCCUCAGGAAACUUACAAUGAAGGCAGAAGACAAAAGAGAAGCAGACCUGUCCUACACAGCUGGAGCAGGAGAAAGAAAGAAGGGGGAGGUGCUAUACACUUCUAAACAACCAGAUCUUGUGAGAACUCACUAUCGUGAGAAUAGCAAGGAGGAAAUCCACCCCCAUGAUCCAAUCACCUCCUACCGGCCACCUCCUCCAACAUUGGAGAUUAAAUUCCACAUGAAAUUUGGGCAGGGAGACAGAUCCAAAUCAUAUAUUAGUCUGCUCAAUUGAAACCACACAAUAGCCAAGUAAAGCCAAGAAAGCCAGUCCAAGACUGGCUUGGAAAGGGCCUCUGAGGAGAGGAAAGGGCCUCUGAGGAGAAAUCAACUUUCAAAGGGGCAGGGGGAAAUAGAGGCCAAGCUACUACAAGCCCAAAAUAAAAGAAAUCCUGAGAAGGAUGGCAACCAGCUGGAAGAUUCCUUUGUGUUGCUCCAUUAUCUCAAGCAAGAAAUUUAGUCUUUGGCUGGGCACGGUGGCUCACGCCUGUAAUCGAAGGCUGAGGUGGGCGGAUCACUUGAGGUCAGGAGUUCGAGACCAGCCUGGCCAACAUGGCAAAACCCUGUCUCCACCCAAAAUACAAAAAUUAGCUGGACGUGGUGGUACACGCCUGUAGUCCCAGCUACUCAGGAGGCUGAGGCAGGAGAAUUACUUGAACCAGGAGGCAGAGCUUGCAGUGAGAAAAGAUCAUGCCACUGUGCUCCAGCCUGGGUAACAGAGCCAGAUUCCAUCUCAAAAAAAAAAUAAAAUAAAAUAAUAAUAAUAAUAAUAAUAAAUUAGGUCUUCCUCGCCUCACUCCCUGUGUUAGUGUAAAGCUAUGAAGGCUCCCCCUGGCCCAUACAACAUUUUGUUGCUAAUGAAAACAUGGUAAGGAAGAUAUUGACUGUCCAUCACCAGAAAUCCUGAUUGAUUUGACUGUUCCUACCCAGAACCUAAUGAAAGUGAACUGGAAAACAUGGCAUCUUUGAGUAUUGGGAAUGGGGCAGGAGCUUUGGCCAACCUUUGUACACGUAGGGAGUAUCUACAAUGAAAAUACCACCACUCCUUUUUUUAUUUUUAUUUUUUGAGACAGAGUUUUGUUCUGUUGUCCAGGCUGGAGUGCAGUGGUGUGAUCUUGGCUCACUGCAACCUCCGCCUCUCAGGUUCAAGUGAUUCUUGUGCCUCAGCCUCCCAAGUAGCUGGGAUUACAGAUGUACACCAUCAGCGCGGCUAAUUUUUGUAUUUUUAGUAGAGACAGGGUUUCUCCACGUUGGCCAGGCUGGUCUCGAACUCCUGACCUCAGGUUAUCCACCCUCCUCUGCCUCCCAAAGUGCUGGGAUUGCAGGCAUGAGCCACCACGCCCAGCCCCACCACGCCCAUUCCAAUAUUUAAUAAGUAUUCGUCAAGCUCCUGCUAGGGGCUAGACACUGCGUUUGAUGCUAAGUAUAUUGGAGAGAACAAGACAGCUGGACAAGUUACCUGCCUUUAGGGAGGUUCUGGGAGAGAUGCCAAGCCCUAUUUUGGAGACAUAGGGAAGCCAUUAAUGUUGACCUGAUGUCUGAGCCACCCAGCCUGCAAAUGAAGGCUGGAGGCCCUGCUUUCCAGCAUGUGUGGUUCACAUCCUGUGUGGUGCAGAGAGAAAGAACAUGGUUGCCCUCUCUCUUGUGCGUGCUCGGUUGGGCUGAGUAGUCAAAUCUGGCUGAAUUGAGUCAGAAAAGACAUCUGAGCUAAGAGGAUGCCUGAUGCUUGUUGGUUUUGUCUUGCCUCCAGUAAAAUUAAAAACAAGUUUCUUUGCAGCAUGUUACAAUCGAAUAAGCUGAGCAUUGUUGGUGCUAGUGUGGGACAUCUAGAAGCUGAAUUUAGAAGAGACUACUGUGCAGCGUGAUUGUACUUCCCAGUGCAUGCCUGUUGUCCUGGUAUCAUUAUUAAUACAUACCCAUUUCACCCUGAGAAGUGUCCCUCAGUGAAUCACAAAUCAUGUGGCCCCCCUCUCUAUAUGGCAUGCUUACAAACGUUUAAAAGGCUUGUCAUCCCCACUUCUUUGUCUUGGUUUAAGCCUUCAUCAGCCCUCCCCUAAACUAUUGUAUUAAUAGCAACCCCAGACCGGGCACGGUAGUUCACACCUGUAAUCCCAGCACUUUGGAAGGCCGAGGUGGGCGGAUCACAAGGUCAGGAGUUCAAGACCAGCCUGGCCAAUAUGGUGAAACCCCAUCUCUACUAAAAAUGCAAAAAUUAGCUGGGUGUGGUGGCACACACCUGUAGUCCCAGCUACUCGGGAGGCUGAGGCAGAAGAAUCACUUGAACCUGGGAGGCGGAGGUUACAGUGAGCAGAGAUGGUGCCACCACACUCCAGCCUGGGUGACAAAGCCAGACUCUCUCUCAAAAAACAAUAAAAUAAAAUAAAAUAGUAACCCCAAUUGGUCUCCCAGACUUUAUCAUCAUCAUCAUAAUAGUAGCUAACAUCUUUAGAAAUUUGCUCUCUUCCAAGCACUAUACUGACUUUACAAAGAUCACGUAAACCACACCACAAGCCAUUGAGAAGCAAAUCUUAUUAUUACAUUUUAUAAAUGAUAAACCAGAGCCACAGAGAGGUUCAAGAACUUGCUUAAGGUCACACAGGUAGGAAGUAGCAGAGCCAGGACUUGAAGCCAGUCUGUCUAACUUCAAAGUCCAAAUUACUCUUGAUGGCUCUCCAAUGUCUUCCCAACUCAUUCCCUUUUCAUACCCCUAACAGAGCAACCUUUUUGACACAUAAAUCUGACAGAAAGGACCAGGCGUGGUGGCUCAUACCUGUAAUCCCAGCACUUUGGAAGGCUGAGGUGGGCAGAUCACUUGAAGUCAGAAGUUUGAGACCAGCCUGGCCAACAUGGUGAAACCCUGUCUCCACUAAAUAUGUCAAAAUUAGCUGGACAUGGUGGUGCGUGUCUGUAGUCCCAGCUACUCAGGAGGCUGAGGCAGGAGAAUCUCUUGAACUGGGGAGGCAGAGGUUGAAGUGAGCCGAGAUCACUCCACUGCACUCUAGCCUGGACAACAGAGCGAGACUCUGUCUCAAAAAAAAAAAAAAAAAAAAUUCUGACGGAGCUUGCCCCUUAAUAAAACCAAACCCUUUGACAUGAAAUGACUAGGCUCCUACCUCUCUCUCCAGCCUCUCCACUGGCCACUGCUGCCACAGAAUCUUAUGCUCCCACCAUGCCAAAUUUCUUGUGAUUCCCUAAAUGCACCAUGUUUUAAGAUACUUCGAGGACAUUGUAUACACUUUUGUUCCACCUGAGAUACUUUUGCUUACUUUCUCCACCUAUUGCCCUCAUGACACUUACCUUUAUUGAUGGAUUUCUUCAAUGCUACUAUUGUGCCUUACAUGUGCCUUGUAUUACAGCAUUUUUAUAGCAUUUCUCACCCGAUUGUGGCUAUUUGUUUACAUGUCUGUCUCCCUGGUGGAACUAUGAACUCUUUGAUAACAGAUGCCAUUUUAUGUCAGACUUCUUUGGUUGCCAGUAAGAGAAGCUGACUGUAAUCUAAACCAAAAGGAAUUCAUUGGAUGGUUAUAGGUUGGCUCACAGAAUCAAAGGGACAACUGCAGAGCCAGUCUUGGAACACUCUGACACCAGAACAGCUCUGUGAAUUCAGAUAAGGGUAGUGAAUUGACCAUUUUAUCAAAUGCUACAGCAGGCUGGGUGGUUUCCCUAAAGGAAAUUGAGGUGUGUUACAAGAAGACCAAUAGGGGAACAGGUAUCUGGUGGCUGAUAAUAACAAAUUUCCAUGGCAGUCUCUGCUCUCUGUUGGAAGAGGUACUCCACCAUAGUCCUUGAGCAUCUCUACACAUUCUUGCUAAAUGUGUCAAAUUUCAAGUCCUAACUGUCCUCUGUCUCUGGGGGAGGGGACAGGUUUGGUUACUGUUCGUUGUAAAAAUUACUGAGCCUUUUGCCACGGAUGCCUCAGCUGUAUGCAAAACCCCUUGUGUUGCUGGGGGAUAGGGCAACUGGUACUGCCAUGCUGGUGCUCCUGCUGUUUGCUGUUGGCAAUAAACUAUACCGUUUUUGUUCAUUGAA